AGCUUCUACAAGAGCCAGGACAGCUGUCUCCAGGAGCUGAGCUUUGUAACAUGACCACAUGGCACGCGGAAGGAGUGAAUGAAAUGUGCGGCUCGGGGCAUUGUUUCUGAAGGGAGGAGUCGUUCUCUUGGAGAGGAAUCCUCCAUGAGCCUGGCCGAGGCCCGGGAUCUGUGUGAAGUGGACUAAGGAUUUAGUAGGAUGUCAACUGAGACAGAACUUCAAGUAGCUGUGAAAACCAGCGCCAAGAAAGACUCCAGAAAGAAAGGUCAGGAUCGCAGUGAAGCCACUUUGAUAAAGAGGUUUAAAGGUGAAGGGGUCCGGUACAAGGCCAAACUGAUCGGGAUUGAUGAGGUUUCUGCAGCUCGGGGAGACAAGUUAUGUCAAGAUUCCAUGAUGAAACUCAAGGGCGUUGUUGCUGGCGCACGUUCCAAAGGAGAACACAAACAGAAAAUCUUUUUAACCAUCUCCUUUGGAGGUAUCAAAAUCUUUGAUGAGAAGACAGGGGCCCUUCAGCAUCAUCAUGCUGUUCAUGAAAUUUCCUACAUUGCAAAGGACAUCACAGACCACCGGGCCUUUGGAUACGUUUGUGGGAAGGAAGGGAAUCACAGAUUUGUCGCCAUAAAAACAGCCCAGGCGGCUGAACCUGUUAUUCUGGACUUGAGAGAUCUCUUUCAACUGAUUUACGAAUUGAAGCAACGAGAAGAAUUGGAAAAAAAGGCACAAAAGGAUAAGCAGUGUGAACAAGCUGUGUAUCAGACAAUUUUGGAAGAGGAUGUUGAAGAUCCUGUAUACCAGUACAUUGUGUUUGAGGCUGGACACGAGCCAAUCCGUGAUCCCGAAACGGAAGAAAACAUUUAUCAGGUUCCCACCAGCCAAAAGAAGGAAGGUGUUUAUGAUGUGCCAAAAAGUCAACCUGUAAGUAACGGCCAUCCAUUCGAGGAUUUUGAAGAACGGUUUGCUGCGGCCACCCCGAACAGAAACCUGCCGACCGACUUUGAUGAGAUUUUAGAGGCAACAAAGGCUGUGACCCAACUAGAACUUUUUGGGGACAUGUCCACCCCUCCUGAUAUAACCUCUCCCCCUACUCCUGCAACUCCAGGUGAUGCCUUUAUCCCGUCUUCAUCUCAGACACUCCCGGCGAGUGCAGACAUGUUUAGUUCUGUACCUUUCGGCACUGCUGCUGUACCCUCAGGUUAUGUUGCAAUGGGCGCUGUCCUCCCAUCCUUCUGGGGCCAGCAGCCCCUCGUCCAACAGCAGAUCGCCAUGGGUGCUCAGCCACCAGUCGCUCAGGUGAUGCCGGGGGCUCAGCCCAUCGCAUGGGGCCAGCCGGGUCUCUUCCCUGCCACUCAGCAGCCCUGGCCAGCUGUGGCCGGGCAGUUUCCGCCAGCCGCCUUCAUGCCCGCACAAACUGUUAUGCCUUUGCCAGCCGCCAUGUUCCAAGGUCCCCUCACCCCGCUUGCGACCGUCCCAACCACGGGUGACUCCACCAGGUCAAGUCCACAGACCGAGAAGCCCAGGCAGAAAAUGGGGAAAGAGAUGUUUAAGGAUUUCCAGAUGGCCCAGCCUCCACCCGUGCCCUCCCGCAAACCCGACCAACCCUCCCUCACCUGUACCUCAGAGGCCUUCUCCAGUUACUUCAACAAAGUCGGGGUGGCACAGGAUACAGAUGACUGUGACGACUUUGACAUCUCCCAGUUGAAUUUGACCCCCGUGACUUCUACCACGCCAUCAACCAACUCACCUCCAACCCCAGCCCCUAGACAGAGCUCUCCGUCCAAAUCAUCUGCAUCCCACGCCAGCGAUCCUACCACAGACGACAUCUUCGAGGAGGGCUUUGAGAGUCCCAGCAAAAGCGAAGAGCAAGAAGCUCCUGAUGGAUCACAGGCCUCAUCCAACAGUGAUCCAUUUGGGGAGCCCAGUGGGGAGCCCAGUGGUGAUAAUAUAAGUCCACAGGCCAGUAGCUAGAUAGCACAGGUCUGGGAGCUGGAGCCUCUCUAUGCGCAGAUCAACAGACCUAAGAAAUAGCAUCGAUGUGGGCUCAUGGCAGGUGCUUCAAGACUGGCAUGGAAAUCGGCAUCGUGACAGGCUCUCUUGUAUUCUUUCACCUCACCUCAUCCCAUGAAGAAAUUCAUGACUGCCCAACAGAACUCAUUUGGAAGAGGGAACUAGGAAUUCAUGGCAACAAUGGCAGAUAACUAUGGCAGCACAAGAGAAAAAAAGACACAAAAGUAUAAAAAAUCAUACCCAACAUUAAAUCACAAGUCAAGCCAAUGCUUACCUGACAAAUAUUCUGAGCUCUCUCAGCAUGGGUUUAAGAUGACCCAGUACGCAAAAUCAUAAUUCUCUUUUUAUUUCUCAACCUGUUGGCCACUGUAAAGACAUCAAAUGUGGAGUUACAGGCCUCAGAGAGUGACAGCAGCGUUGGCACUGACUUCUUUUAGACAUGAGCAAGAUGUCCUCGUGACAACAGUAUCGUCAUCCCUUUGCCUUUUAACGUAUGAUGAUGUAUUUUCAUCACUCCACAGGGCCUGGUCUGCCAUUCUGUCCCCUUUCCUUUGUCAUGUUUAAAAAUUAAUGGGUGUAAAGAUUUUUGUAUCGCUUUUGACUUUUUUUAGAUAUGGGUGAGGAAAUCUAACUGGAAAAGAAAAGCCUCAUAUGAAAGGAAUUCACUUGAAAAUCACAAGACAGAUAAGUGGUUGAUUAUGAUCAAGAAUGUUGCCAAAACACCCCUUUAGCUCUUCUGCACUCUGGUGAAGACAGACAGCUUUCGGUUCGAAUCUUCAUUCUGCGAGUAGGAAAGGACAUCGGAAUCCCAUUGAUGAGAAAGACGAAAAAAUGCAUCUGGUUUUCUAAGAAGCUCUAAACUCUUAAGUACAAUAAAAUGAUAUUUUUUAUUUUUCCGAUAUCUUGCUGCUGUGAUGCUAUGCAGACAAGUGUCUUCUCCACGUGCCAUUUUCAAAGAAAAGUCAUUUGCCAAAUAAUUCUGGUACAAUCCUGGUUAUGCGGUUUUGGAUCUUAAAACCGACUUUCUAAUGGAACAAUGGUGACACGAAUAUUCGGAAUAACAAACUGAUUCCAGGAUCACAACUGUUCAUCGCUAUCUCUUUUUGUACAUCAGAAAAUUCAAAUGGGAUUUUUAUUUUAUAACUUGAAAAAAAAAAAACCU